UGUCUCCUUCCUCCCCUUUCGCGGUCCGGGGACGUUGUGGGGGCGGGAACGCCUCCUGCGCGAGCCCCGCCCCGCCCUCCUCCCCGCCUCGCCCCGCCUCCGGCCCACAGGGCCAGGAAGGGCGGAAGGAACCGCCAGGGGCCAUGGACGGGGCCAUGGACGGGGCCGUGAUGGAAGGGCCGCUGUUUUUGCAGAGCCAGCGUUUCGGUACCAAGAGGUGGAGGAAGACCUGGGCGGUGCUUUACCCGGCCAGCCCCCACGGUGUCGCGCGGCUCGAGUUCUUUGACCACAAGGGGUCGAGCUCUGGAGGGGGCCGAGGGAGCACGCGCCGCCUGGACUGCAAGGUGAUCCGUCUGGCUGAGUGUGUGAGCGUGGCCCCCGUGGCCGUGGAGAGCCCCCCUGAGCCUGGCGCCGCAGCUUUCCGCCUGGACACCGCACAGCGUUCCCACCUGCUGGCGGCCGACGCGCCGUCCAGCGCCGCCUGGGUGCAAACGCUGUGCCGAAACGCCUUUCCGAAAGGCAGCUGGGCCCUGGCGCCUGCCGAGAACCCACCCAAGCUUUCUGCCCUGGAGAUGCUGGAGAAUUCACUGUAUAGCCCCGCCUGGGAAGGAUCCCAGUUCUGGGUAACCGUGCAAAGGACUGAAGCCGCUGAGCGUUGUGGCCUGCAUGGCUCCUAUAUGCUGAGAGUGGAGGCUGAGAGGCUGACUCUCCUGGGCGUGGGGGCCCAGACUCAGAUACAGGAGCCACUCCUUUCCUGGCCUUACACUCUGUUGCGUCGCUAUGGCCGAGACAAGGUCAUGUUCUCUUUUGAGGCUGGCCGCCGCUGCCCCUCUGGCCCUGGAACCUUCACCUUCCAGACGGCGCAGGGAAAUGACAUCUUUCAGGCAGUUGAGACUGCUAUCCACCGACAGAAGACCCAGGGAAAGGCCAGCCAGGGGCAGGAUGUUCUCAGAGCUGAUUCCCAUGAAGGAGAAGUGGCAGAAGGGAAGUUGGCUCCCCCGCGGGGCCCCCAGGAGCUCGCAGGCAGCCCUCCAGCCCUGUAUGCUGAACCCUUAGACUCCCUGCGCAUUCUUCCAGGCCCUUCCCAAGAUUCCCUAUACUCAGACCCCCUGGACAGCACCCCUGCUCAGGCAGGGGAGGGGUUACAGUUAAAGAAACCUCUCUAUUGGGACUUGUGUGAGCAUCUGCAGCAGCAGCUGAUAAAGGCCAAGUUGACAGACCCCAAAGAAGACCCCAUCUAUGAUGAACCUGAGGGCCUGGCCCCAGCUGCUCUCCGGGGCCUUUAUGAUCUGCCUCAGGAGCCCAAGGAUGCCUGGUGGUGCCAGGCUCGGGUGAAGGAGGAGGGCUAUGAGCUCCCCUACAACCCUGCUACUGAUGACUACGCCGUGCCACCCCCGCGGAGCACAAAGCCCUUCCCAGCUCCCAAGCCCCAGGGCCUGGCCUUCUCUGAAUCCGGUGCUGCAGCUGGCAGUGGCAGCAAAGGCCAUAGCUCAGACACUGCCCUGUACAGCCAGGUCCAGAAGAGUGGGGCCUCAGGUAGCUGGAACUGUGGGCUCUCUGGAGCAGGGACUGACAGGACUGGGGCCAAGUCAGAGGGCUCCACAUGAGAAGAAGGGCAAGGCUGGGGUUGCUGAUAGGAGGACCAUGGGGAGGUGGCACUGGGGAUCAAAGAAACCUGUUAGAACCAGCAGGAACCAGAGGGGUCUGUGUGUAGAGACCAGGGUACAAGGGGAGUCAAGGGAAGGAUGAUGUGUCCCAAGAAGUCAUGGAAGUGGGACAGUUGGCAGGGGCUCAGGGGCUGGAUCUGGGGGAGGCCAGCACCUCUAAGUCAUCCCCACCAAAGGAAGGGAUAGCUGCUGGAGCAGUACUAAAGAAAGGGGUGUUUGGUCAGAGUAGGUACAGUUUGAGGGGCCUGUAUGGAGGCUAUAGGGAGACACUGGGCUGUGUCUUGAUCUUUACCCCGGCAUUGUUCUUUGCCAGAGAGAGAUUUUUUUUUAAAGUUUUAUCCUCAUUAAAGUCAGUUUGGGUUUAA